GCGCAGAGAAUGCAUUGCAGCGGAGAUCUAAAUGUCAGCGGGGCGACACAGGGCGGUGAAAGGAUUCUGCGGAGGUGUGUCGGACAUCGAGCUGUUUCACCUCCAUCGUGGAGACGGUAUUCCACUUCACAUCCUGCGCUGUCCUUCCCUACCUUCCCAAGAGUCUGUUUGAACCGUAUAUCAGCUCCCUACCGCCUAUCACUUGAAGCUAGAGCCCACUGCACGCUCAGUCUUCGCCUAAACCCUCUCGAGCUUCAGCGGACCGCCGAGCAACCGACAUGUCCGACGACGAUCAAGUCCCCGUCGACGCUUCGAAUUUGUUGACCGGCACUCGAAGUCGCUCUGCGAAACACAACUACGAGGAUGCCACCGUGCUGGUAAUCGUGGAGGACAAAGAGUUUGCGGUUCACAAGUCGCUCCUCAAGAGAUAUUCCAUGUAUUUCGAGACUCUUUUCGCCGGACCGUGGCGCGAAACGAACCCUGUCCGGGGGACGAACGACUCGAAACUUGUCUCGGCCACUUGCCCAAUUGAAGUGCAGCUGAGGGGAUUAAAGAAGGAUGAGUUCGAUAUCUUUCUCGAUCUCAUCUAUGACUUCGAUGUCGAUUCGAAGCUAUCGUGGCUCGAAAUCUCACAAAUUGUCAGUCUGCUUUCUGCUUGCGAAUAUUUGCUGGCUGAAAAGUUCUCGGAAGUAGGACAACAAGCCCUUCGAAAACUUGGCAUAAACUGGGAUAACAUCUGUGAUUACCUCGGCGCACUUAAGAACGCCCAUUCAGAAAAUAUACCAAGCCUCAAAGCGGUUCAGGUCCGGUGCGUCGCUUUCUUGAAAAGGGCCGGCCCCGCCAAUCGGGUGCACGUCCUCUACAUUGCCGAGCAAUACGGUAUCUCCGAGCUUCUUUCGGAUGACUACCAGCACCAGUGGCCCAGGAAACUGCGUACAGACGAGCACUUCGAGAUGUUGUCCUUCGAGCUGCGAUACCGUCUUCUAUACAACCAGGUGUUUGAGAACCCUUGUUGCUUCAGUUAACGGCGGCCAUUGUGGUGGGUGCUUCUAUUAUCACUGUGCCGCCUGAUCUAAAUCUCCCUUGCUAUCCCGAUAACCGAAUUGCGUUCUGUACUGCGUUUUAAGGAGGUCCAGAAGUCGGCUUCCGACUCUCUACCUCUACCUGAAUGAUAAGCUGGGAAAAUAAAUCGAGUAUUUUAAACAUAUGAGUCGCAC